AUGUAUAACGCUAUAUCAUUAAUUAUAAUACUACCUUGUAUAAGUUGAUUAUUCCCAUUAUUCUUUGGAAGACAAUUAGGGUAUGUAUUUGUAACAAGAAUGACAAGUACAUUAAUAAUAAUUACAACUUUAAUUACAUAUUAUUAUUUUUAUCAAUUAUUAGGUAAUAAUAAUCCAAUAAAUUUAGAAUUAUUUAAUUAUUUAAAUAUAGACUAUUUAGAUAUUAACUAUAAUUUUGAAAUUGAUGCUUUAACUAUUACUAUGUUAUUAGCUAUUACUACAAUUAGUAGUAUGGUUCAUAUAUAUUCUAUAGGUUAUAUGGAAACAGAUCCUCAUCAAGUAAGAUUUUUCUCAUUAUUAAGUAUGUUCACUUUCUGAAUGAUAAUCUUAGUUACAGGUUCAAAUUACUUUGUUUUAUUUGUAGGUUGAGAAUUUAUAGGUGUAACUAGUUAUUUAUUAAUUAGUUUCUGAGUUACUAGAUUACAAGCUAUGAAAUCAGCAUUAUCUGCAGUAUUAAUGAAUAGAUUUGGUGAUGCAUUCUUCGUAUUAGGAUUAUGUGUUAUAGCUUAUGUAUUUGGAACAUUAAAUUAUUCAACUAUAUUUGCAACUGCUUAUUUAAUAAAUACAGAUUUAUUAGUUUUAAUCAUGUUAGCUUUAUUUAUAGCAGCUAUGGCUAAAAGUGCUCAAUUUGGUUUACAUAAUUGAUUGACAUUAGCUAUGGAGGGUCCAACACCAGUAUCAUCAUUAUUACAUGCAGCUACAUUAGUUACAGCUGGUAUUUAUUUAUUAUUAAGAUCUGCUAAUAUACUUGAGUAUACUCCUACAGUAUUAUUUAUUAUAUUAUGGAUAGGUGCCUUAACUACAUUAAGUGCAGGUCUUAUAGCGAUAUGUUCUAAUGAUUUAAAAAGAAUAAUAGCAUUAUCUACAAUGAGUCAACUUGGUAUGAUGACUAUCGCUAUAGGUUUAUCUGCAUAUAACUUAGCUUUAUUCCAUUUAUUAGGUCAUGCUUUCUUUAAAGCAUUACUAUUUAUGAGUGCAGGUUCUAUAAUUCAUAGUAUUUUAAAUGAAAGUCAAGAUAUUAGAACUUAUGGAGGUUUAUUAAGUUAUUUACCAUAUACAUAUAUUUGUAUCACAAUAGCUUCAUUAUCAUUAAUGGCUAUGCCAGGUUUAACAGGAUAUUAUACUAAAGAUAUUAUUAUUGAAUCUACUUAUGGUUCAUAUAGUAUCUCAAAUUAUGUUGUUUAUUGAAUUGCUUAUCUAAGUGCUGUAUUAACAUGUGUAUAUUCUAUGAAAAUAUUAUAUUUAACAUUCUAUUCAAAUCCUAAUAAUAAUACUAUAACAUAUUAUAAUGCACAUGAGUCAAAUAUAUAUAUUACAUUACCUAUGUUUAUAUUAGCUAUAUUUGCUAUGUUUGCAGGUUGAAUAUUGAAAGAUAUAUAUCUAGGUGUAGGUACAGAUUUUGUAGGUACACAUAUAUUACCUAAUAAUUUCUCAUAUUUUGAUACAGAAUUCUCUAUAACUCAAUUCUAUAAAUUACUACCUUUAAUUAGUGCUAUAUUAGUAUCAAUAUUAAUAGUAGUAUUAAACGAAUUCUUUGCUAUAGUAUUUAAUUUAAAUAAUAAAUAUAUUAACACUGUAUAUUCUAUAUUUAAUCAAAAACUUGUUUCUGAUCAAAUAUUAAACCACUUUAUAAUAUUUAAAGGUUUAGUAACAUCAGGUAAUAUUGCUCACCAUGUAGAUAAAGGUUCUUUAUACAGAUUAGGUCCAGUAGGUAUUAAUAGAUUAUUAAAUAAAGCAUCUUAUAAUGUAAUUAAUUUAUCUUCAAAUACAAGAAGUUCAUUAAGUAUGAACUCUAUGUUAAUAUUAAUUACUAUAGUUUCAUUAUUAUUAUUAGUAUUAGUUAUGAAUGUUAAUUUUAUAAUAGUAAUACCUGUAUUAAUAUCUAUUCUUUAUAUAUUAUUUAGUUAA